UGUAAACACGGUUGUGUGUAGUGCGCAGAGUCUCCGCAGCAGAGCCGCCAUGGCCCGGCAAUUGAGGCCGGUGCCCAGAUCCCACAAAGCGCUCUUUUUAGAGAUGAAGUGGCUGCAGGAGGAGCCACUGGAGGGGUUCCGGGUCACCCUGGUGCAUGAGGAGGAUCUGUACAACUGGGAGGUGGCAAUAUUUGGGCCCCCCAGCACCUUCUACGAAGGGGGUUACUUCAAGGCCCGUCUGAAAUUCCCAAUCGAUUAUCCAUACGCUCCUCCAGCAUUCCAGUUUCUUACAAAAAUGUGGCACCCAAACAUCUAUGAGAAUGGAGAUGUGUGUAUCUCCAUACUGCAUCCUCCAGUAGAUGACCCCCAGAGUGGAGAACUAGCUUCUGAGCGGUGGAACCCUACUCAAAAUGUGCGAACAAUCCUUCUCAGUGUGAUCUCUCUUCUGAAUGAACCAAACACAUUCUCCCCUGCUAACGUGGAUGCCUCAGUUAUGUAUCGAAGAUGGAAAGAAAGCAAGGGAUGUGAUCAAGAGUAUACAGAUAUUAUCCGAAAACAAGUUCUCAGUACAAAAGCGGAUGCAGAGAUGGAUGGAGUCAAGGUCCCAACAACGCUGGCUGAAUAUUGUGUAAAAACAAAAGUUCCAGCUCCAGAUGAGGGAUCUGAUCUUUUAUAUGAUGACUACUUUGAGGAUGAUGACAUGGAGGAUGACAGUGAUGCCUGCUAUGAAGACCAGGAUGACUCUGGCAAUGAAGAAUCCUGACCCUUCCAACAAGUUCUCCCUGCUGGAGCCUAUCUCCUUGUCAAUAAAGCAGACACUGAACAUUUUCUGUCUUUAUUUCUGUGGCCCUGCUGUAAGAAGUUGAGGAAGUGACUUUGUUAGCUGACAGUCACCUGAUGUGUGCAGUGCUAGAGAAAAGAGGCCUUUUGGAGAUUUAUUUUUUAUUUUGAAGUGCGAGGAAUGCUUCUUGAGCUUUAGAAGUGUCUUAAUACUUGCAGUACAGGCUUUUCCCACUCGAGUGCACCAGAGUGCUCUGCAAAUCCUGCUGCUUAACUCGCCAUUACCAUUGCUGGUUCAGGCUGCAGCGCAGUGCU